AUGACUUUUAAGUGUCCACCAUCUUUUCAACGUGAAGCAGAUGCAAAACGGCCUAAGGUCAGCGCUGAUCACAUAUCCGCAUUUUCUGACACUUCAUCCGAUGUUGGUGAUCUCGAAGAUUUUUCACGUCCUUUCAAUGCACCGGAUUCGUGGGAUUCGGAAACAAGCAAUGGGCCUACUACUGUUGGAGCAAAUGAAGUGACUGAGACUACUGUCCGUCGACUUACUGUGUUUCUUCAAAAACGUGCUCUAAGCAACCAGGAAGCUCAAAAUAAGUUCCCUGACCAACCUAGGCGUUUUAUGCAGUCAGAAUUGGAACUACAAGAAACACUAGAGGAAAUGCAGGUGCUUGCAGCCAAUCCAGAGUUAUACCCACUCUUAACAGAACAAACAAGUCCCUUAUCAUUAUUGUUAGGUUUAUUGGCUCAUGAAAAUACAGAUAUUAGUUUAUCUGUUAUUGAUCUGUUGCAUGAAUUACUUGUUGUUUACAAGAAGCUGGAUUAG